GAUCAGUUCGUGGUCGAGUCGUUCGUUUGUGUGAAUUACAAUUUGAUUGAAAACAAUUUAUCUGAAACAAAUCAAAAAGUAUCUGAAUUAAAAAGUCCAGAAUGAAAAUUCAAAUGGAAAUUGAGUCGAAUGAAGUUGAAAAUAGACCAACCCGAAACGCGUGGCAAGUGGUUCAAACUUGUUUUAAUGUAUUAAAUCAUAUUAUGGCUUGUAUUGUGGCCAUUUACAUGAGUGUCAUGUGUACCAAUGCUGGAAACAAAGCAGUUACCUGGCAUGUAUGGCUCUGCACGAUCGGAUACCAAUUGUUGAUGACACAAGCGAUUUUGGUAUUUUAUUCGGAAAAUGUGUGGUCGAAGCAGUGCACUAGACAAUCGAAAAAGACCAUUCAUUGGGUGUUGCAGGCUGUUGGUUCCUCGGUUGCUAUUCUUGGAAUUUUCAUCGAAUACAUUGGCAGAGAACUAAUUGAGAGGGAAACUAAGAAACCAAAACCACAUUUUUCCUCCACUCAUUCGGUCAUUGGAUUGAUCGCAGCUAUUUUUACAAUGAUUGGCAUGUUCAAUGGCAUUUCAGCACUAUGGUCGAUUAAACUAAAAAAAUACGCUCGACCAGUUUAUUUCAAAUUGGCACACAAUUUAACUGGAACCACUGCUUUCAUUUUGGGAAUGAUUGCUCUUUUCAUCGGCUACGACAAAGGUUACAUGAAAAAGAACUCAAGCGAUGAAAUCCGACUGGGGCUUCAAAUAUUGGCCAUCAUUACAGUUAUUUUGUCAUUGAUAGGUGCUUGGCGUACAGCUAUUAAUCAUAUUCGUAAUGUUAUGAAUUAAAA